AUGCAGGCCCCCUCGGGAAUGCUCACCAAAUUCGAGUCCAAGUCGUCGCGAGCAAAGGGCAUCGCCUUCCACCCUAAACGACCAUGGAUUCUCGUCUCCCUCCACUCCUCCACCAUUCAGCUAUGGGAUUACCGCAUGGGUACCCUGAUUGAUCGAUUCGAAGAACACGAUGGCCCGUUAGAGGCGUCGACUUCCACAAGACACAGCUUACACGUAUCCUUACAGCCUCUCUUCGUUUCCGGCGGUGACGACUACAAGAUCAAGGUCUGGUCCCUUCAGACUCGGCGCUGCCUCUUUACCCUCAACGGCCACUUGGACUACAUUCGUACCGUCUUCUUCCACCACGAGCUCCCUUGGAUUGUCAGUGCUAGUGACGACCAGACGAUCCGGAUAUGGAACUGGCAGAACCGCUCUCUGCUCUGCACAAUGACAGGCCACAACCACUACGUCAUGUGCGCCCAGUUCCACCCCAAGGAAGACCUCAUCGUUUCCGCCUCUCUCGAUCAGACUGUUCGCGUUUGGGAUAUCUCCGGCCUGCGCAAGAAGCACUCCGCGCCCACGUCCAUGUCCUUCGAGGACCAAGUUGCCCGCGCCAAUGCCAACCAGACUGACAUGUUCGGCAACACCGACGCCGUUGUCAAGUUCGUUCUCGAGGGCCACGACCGCGGCGUGAACUGGGUUGCCUUCCACCCCACCAUGCCCCUGAUCGUGUCCGCCGGUGACGACCGUCUCAUCAAGUUGUGGCGCAUGAGCGAGACCAAGGCUUGGGAAGUCGAUACCUGCCGCGGCCAUUUCCAGAACGCCAGCGGCUGUCUUUUCCACCCCCACCAGGACCUUAUCCUUUCGGCUGGCGAAGACAAGACUAUUCGAGUAUGGGAUCUUAACAAGCGUACUGCAGUCCACACCUUCAAGCGGGAGAACGACAGGAUCUGGGUUAUCGCCGCGCACCCGGAAAUCAACUUGUUCGCUGCUGGUCACGACAAUGGUGUUAUGGUGUUCAAGCUCGAGCGCGAGAGGCCUGCUUCUGCCGUUUAUCAGAACAACAUUUUCUACAUCACCAAGGAGAAGCACGUCAAGAUGUACGACUUCCAGAAGAAUGCCGAGUCGCCCACACUUUUGUCGCUCAAGAAGCUCGGAAGCCCUUGGGUACCCCCAAGGACACUCUCCUACAACCCGGCUGAGAGGUCCAUCCUGGUCACCUCCCCGGCGGAUGGUGGUUCGUACGAGCUGAUUACCCUUCCUCGUGAUGGCUCUGGAGCUAUCGAGCCCACCGAAUCCAAGAGGGGCCAGGGCAACUCGGCUGUGUUUGUCGCUCGCAACCGCUUCGCUGUUCUCAAUGCUGCCACCCAGACCGUCGAUAUCAAGGACUUGACCAACAACACCACCAGAUCGUUCAAGCCCCCUGUUGGCACCACCGAUAUCUACUUCGGCGGCACCGGCAACCUCCUUAUCAUUACCCCGACCGCUGUUCACCUUUACGAUAUCCAGCAGAGGAAGAGCACUGCCGAGCUGGCUGUGACUGGCGUGAAAUACGUCGUCUGGUCUAACGAUGGUCUCUACGCUGCUCUGCUGAGCAAGCAUAAUGUGACAAUUGUGACCAAGACGCUGGAGCAGGUCAGCACUCUGCAUGAAACUAUUCGUCUCAAGAGUGCUGCGUGGGACGACGCUGGUGUUCUGCUGUACUCGACUCUCAACCAUGUCAAGUACACGCUUCUGAACGGCGAUAACGGCAUCGUUUGCACCCUUGACCAGACUGUUUACCUUACCCGUGUCAAGGGCAGGAACGUCUACUGCCUCGACCGUGCUGCGAAGCCCAAGAUUUUGCAGAUUGAUCCCACCGAGUACCGCUUCAAGCUUGCGCUUGUCAAGCGCAACUACGAGGAAAUGCUGCACAUCAUCCAGAACUCGAGCUUGGUUGGCCAGUCUAUCAUUGCCUACCUCCAGAAGAAGGGCUAUCCCGAGAUCGCGCUCCAGUUCGUCCAGGAUCCUACCACCAGGUUCGAGCUUGCUAUUGAGUGCGGUAAUCUCGAGGUUGCGGUUGAGAUGGCCAAGGAACUGGACAAGCCCAAGCUGUGGACGAGACUCAGCCAGGAGGCCCUCGCCCAUGGCAACCAUCAGAUCGUCGAGAUGUGCUAUCAGAAGCUCAAGCACUUCGACAAGCUGUCGUUCCUGUAUCUCACAACCGGCGACCACGACAAGCUCUCGAGGAUGGCCAAGAUUGCUGAGCACCGUGGUGACUUCACUUCAAGAUUCCAGAACGCCCUUUACCUGGGAGAGGUCCAGGACCGCAUCCAGAUGUUCAAGGAAAUCGAUCUGUACCCCUUGGCCUACAUGACUGCCAAGUCUCACGGGCUCGAGGAUGAGUGCCAGGAAAUCCUCGAGGCUACUGGCCUUACAGAAGAGCAGCUCUCGAUGCCCACCCUGGGUGAACCCCUAACACCGCCCAAGCCCGUGGUCCCCACAUACAAGGCUAACUGGCCGACCAAGGCGGCCUCGCAGUCCUUCUUCGAAAAGGCCCUGCUUGGCGAGGUCGAGGGUUUGUCUCUCGAAGACCAGCCCUCCGCCGCUUCCAACGGCUUCGGUCUUGAAGAGGGUGGUGCGGAUGAGCUUGCGACCAAGAAGGGCGCUGCUCUUGGUGAAGCUGAUGAGGAUGAGGAUGCUGCGGGCUGGGACAUGGGCGAUGACAUUGUUCCGGAAGUCGAAGAGGGCUUUGUCAACGUGGAGAGCGCGGAUGCCGGCGGUGCGGGAAGCAGUGAAGCGGAUCUUUGGUCCCGAAAUUCCCCGCUUGCAGUUGACCACGUCGCUGGUGGUUCCUUUGAGUCGGCAAUGCAGCUGCUCAACCGCCAAGUUGGCGCUGUCAACUUUGCGCCGCUCAAGCCUCGCUUCUUGGAGGUCUACCAGGCAUCCAGGACUUACCUCCCUGCUGCGGCUGGUCUAGACCCUCUCGUCAACUACGUCCGCAGGAACCCUGAGGAGACAGAUCCCAGGAAGGUUCUCCCUAUUAUCCCCAGGGACCUCGAGUAUCUUGCUUCCAACGACCUUCAGCGCGGCUACGAUGCCAUGAGGGCGAAUAAGCUCGAAAAUGGUGUCAAGAUCUUCAAGAGCAUUCUGCACUCCGUUCUUGUCAACGCAGUAGGCAGUGAUGGUGAGGUUGCCGAGGCCAAGAAGCUGAUCGCUUCGGCUUGCGAGUACUCGGUUGCCAUGUCUAUCGAGCUAGCCCGCAGGCAACUGGGUUCCCCGGACCAGCUGAGCCAGGACCCCGCGCUCCAGAAGCGGAACUUGGAACUGGCGGCCUACUUCACCAUUCCCAAGAUCGAGGUUCCCCAUCGCCAGCUUGCUUUGCUUAACGCAAUGAAUCUGUCUGUGAAGAGCAAGAACUACAGCUCUGCCCUUAGCUUUGCCAACAGGAUAUUGGCCAACGGAGGAGCCACCAAGAUCACUGAGAACGCCAAGAAAACCAAGGCGCAAUGCGAGCGCAACCCUCACGACGCCGUGGAGAUUGAGUUCGACCAGUUCGCCGAGUUCGAGAUCUGCGCCGCCAGCUUCACGCCCAUCUACAGCGGCACCCCUUACGAGGAGUGUGCGUUUGACGGAGCCAAGUAUCACACUAAGUACAAGGGCACGGUGUGCACGGUCUGCGAGGUUUGCGAGGUUGGAAAGCACGGUAGUGGCCUGAAGCUGUUUGCUUAA